CCUGGCCCUUGGGAUGGGCUUCAGUGCUCUGGCACAGAGCCUGGCUCGGGCAGGCGGCACUGGGGCUCUCCCUGCUGACCCUGCCUGUGCCAUGGGCUCCCCAGGGCAGGGCUGGGGGUCUCGGGGCACUUGCUGACAAGGGCUAACCUUGAACAACCCUAUUUGCCUAAACUGUUUCUCAGGAGAUUAGUGGGAUAAAGGCUGAACAUUCCCGUGUGUCAAAGGACAUCAGAAAGAUCCUGGAGGUGCAGUCCCACAUGGCAGAGGACAUAAAGAGGCUCCAGGAAGAGUAUUAUCAGUCCAUGGCUGACUACCAGAAUCUUCGCGAGGAGAUUGGCAUGAUUAAGACAACACAGUCCAACAUGGCAGAGAAGAUGAGAGAGACAUUUGCAUCGAUGAAGAAGAUGGAGGACGACAUUGGAAAGCUGAGGGAGGAUGCAGAGAAGUGGAAAGAAGAGAUCAGUGAGCAGAUCACUCAACAAGUGGAGUCCGUGCUACAGGAGACAAAGAUUGAACUCAAGAAGAUGGAGGAGCAGCAGGAGAUGAGGAAUGUCAUGCUGGAAGAGAUGGUGAACGAGGCAACCAACCAGAUAAAUGAGGCAACCAACCAGAUGAAUGCUCAGCUGGGCGAGCUGGGGGAAAUAACAGGGGCUAUGCGGGAGGAGACAGAGAUGGAGGAGCCAGAGUGUUCCAACUGCACCUUCAACAUCAGAGUGUUUUUGAGGGAGCUUGUCAAGUGCUGUGAGAAACUCAAGGAGGAGGUGGAGUCCCUGCAGUCCCGGCAGACAGCUGUGGGCAAGGUGGAGAACAUCAUAAAGCAAAGAAGCCAGGACCAGCAGCUCCUGCAGCACAUGGAGGACAAGGUCAGGAAGAUUCAAGGGGACUGUGAGGAGCUCAGCUUGGUCUCAGGGAACCUCCAGAAGGACUGUGAGGAAAAGCAGAAAGCUAUUGAGAUGCUGUUCCAGUCCUUGGAGAAAUUGCAGAAGGAGAAAGCAGAUGAGCAGAAAAUGUUGCAGAACAUGUUGACGACAAUGGAUGUGAAAGCGGACAAAAAUGCCUUGGGCAGCAAAGUCAAUUGCACCCAGUUUGAGGCAAACAUGGAGCGGCUGGAUCAGAGGCUGCGGAAGAUGCAAAGUCAGGUGUCAGGACAGAAUCAGCACUGGAAUGAGCUGCAGGAGAAGCUCAGCCACAGGAUAGAAAACAAGCUGGAUCGCCUGGAGCUGAAGGCUUUCCAUGAGAAGAUGGAGGAGACCUGGAAGAAGAGCAUCAGGGAGCUUGAGAAGAAGAUUUUGUCUCCCCCUCCUUAGGCAGCUGCCAGUCCCUUUCACGUGCCUGUCCUGUGACCGCCCGGUCAAAACGCAGGUUCCUGGCCCGUAUCCUGAGACACUCCCAUAUUUUCAGCCAAUGCCCCCCAGCAAGGACCCACAGCAAACCCAAAGGAGAACAGUGGCCAGGGGCAGGAUCGCCCGCGUGCUACAGAGCACUGGGGACCAUCAGAGGAUCAGCCACUUGGUGCAGCACACCCAGGCUUCCCCUGGGAACAACACGCGACCACAGGGCCUCAUGGCACCCCCCAACAAGACUAGUGUGACCAAGCUGCUGGGCAGCAGUAGCCACAUCUCUAAGGGCCAGAAGGACCAGCCUCCUGUUGUGAACAGGGCACAGGGUGAGAUGGGCCCUUCCACCUCACAGGAGCAAUGGCCAGCCAAGACCUGCAAGCCCAAGCACGUCUCCUGGGCACCGGAGCUUGUCCAAACACCCCUGCCCUGCUAAACAUCACCUGCCCCCAAGCAGCCGGACAGGACUGGACACCGAGUACUCAACAGGGGACGUCUCUUCAGCAGACACAGAAGUCUGUUAAAAUUAACCUCCAAAAGAGGUUUUAUUAGGUUAAUAAAAAACCUUCAAAAUGCAGACGAAGCCUGGUCCCACCAGCCUCUCUCUUCCUCAGGCUCCCUGAUGCUCCUCAACCUUUCUCCUCCCUCCUGUCUCUCUGCCACCAGACUGAGCACAUCGUGCCCCGUGGCCA